AUAUAUAUAUAUAUAUAUAUUAUCCGAUCCCAAUACCCCGAAGUCGCGAGCUAGAUUCCCUAUCGAUUCGAGGCUAGAAUAAUUUUUGCCGCGAUCGCCGACCUGAUUGAGUGGCUCGCUACGUCAUACCCCCCACGCGCUUACGAGUUUUAUACGGGAUUUUAACACGCGAGGUGGCGAAAUAAUUUUUAGCCAGUCCCGAUUUACGUGUGUACGAAAUCGCUUCAUCGCGUCCCCGUGCCGCCGUUCGGGGGUUCAAAAAGUUUAAAAUGGCAAAUGAAGUACAAAAUUUGUUAAAAGAUGCAGCGGAAAAGACAUGGACAAGAACUGGAUUUAAAGAUUUAAAGCAUAUAAACCAGAAAAUUAGUAAGCAUGAAAAUUCGGCUCGUCACAUGAUUUGUUCGACAGAAUUAGCUUUAUUGGGAACAGCUAGUAUCGCUGCUCAGUUAGAUUCCGCUUACAGGCAAAAUAUUAUUAAGCACAACGAGCAAGUGGACAAAAAUAGAUAUCUUUUAAAAAGAAUAAUAAACUGUAUAAAGUUUUGCGAUAAAUUGGAAUUAGCGUUAAGAGGGCACGACGAAAGUGAAGACUCUGAAAAUCGUGGCAUUUUUCGAGAGUUGAUUAAUUUUACGUCCGAACUGGAUACAAUAUUAAAGGAACAUUUAAAAAGUGCGACACUGUUUAAGGGUACUUCUAAAACAGUACAAAAUGAAAUACUAGAUAGUAUGUUGGAAGUCUGCCAACAAGAAAUUCGACAGCAAAUUAAUGCAGCAGAGUUUUUAGCUAUACAGUGCGACGAAACAACAGAUAUUUCACAUCAUUGUCAAAUGGUAAUGAUAUUUAGAUAUCUCCAUGAAGGUGAAAUACAAGAAAGAUUUUUGGCGUUUUUUGAGCGUUACGGACAAGACAGCUGA